AUGCAGGACACAAGCCUGGAAGAAUGGGUAGAACCACAACCAUGGCCAGGAAACACCACGAAAAUAGAGCAAGAUGGUCAUCAGACACCAGGCGUGCAAGGCGCAAAAUCAAAGGAAAAAGAAAAAGAAACCUCCUUCCAACUUGAGGAGAUUUUAGACGGGGUUGUGCCCGUCGGCUCGGCUAUCGCUAUCAUCCACUGUCGCCGCUUCGUGGUGCUGGGAAAGCUUCUAGCUAUUCCCGUUUCCAAAAGUUAG